CGCACGCCAGCAGUGCUGCUCAAUCCGUACCAGCUACACCAUCCAUUCCAUCCCAGCGAGAGACUGCAAAAACUCCAAAGCAGCUGAGCAAUGUCACAGGCCAAGGAGGAGAGAAGGGCCACAAACAGCUCGCCCGAAAGCCAUGGUACUGAUCUCAUAUCCAAACUUCCAAUGAGAGAGACUCCGUCAGAGCCACUAUUUCUCUACAAGAACUUCUGGUUUCGACGGAUUUUUCUUGAGAGGAUUAUGCUCCUGGAGGCGACCUUCAAGGCUCGCCAUGACGAUAUCAUCCUCGCCACGAACCCCAAGUGUGGUACAACUUGGUUGAAGGCUCUCUCAUUUGCUAUCACCAACCGUUCUCACUAUGACUCUGGUAACCACCCGCUUCUCACCCGUCACCCCCAAGAAGUCAUUCCGACCAUUGACGUUGAAAUCCCUUUAAAUGGGGACCUGACCUUCAUCGAAAAACUCCCGCCUCCGAGGAUCCUUGCUACUCACAUGCCCCUUUCAUUGCUUCCAGAGUCCAUAAGCAUCCAAGGUUGCCGAAUCGUGUACAUCUGCCGAGAUCCUAAGGAUGCAUUCGUGUCACGGUGGCACUUUAUGAGUGAGUUUUUUGGAGAAAAACCUGAUAUUAAUGUUGGAUUCAACAUGUUUUGCGAGGGCGUAUUGGGCUAUGGUCCUUACUGGGAUCACUGUCUCGAAUAUUGGAGAGAGAGCGUUAUAAAGUCUGAUAGAAUUCUUUUCCUAAAGUAUGAAGAGAUGAUGUUAGAGCCGGUAAAGUUUGUCAAGGUGCUGGCAUCAUUCCUCGGUGCCCCAUUUACCGGUGAAGAAGAAGAUGCCGGGGUUCCUGAAGAGGUUGUGAGAUUGUGCAGCUUCAAGACGCUUAGUGGAGCGAACAGUAGUCAAACAGAAGUUGUUCAAAGGGGAAGCGUAGUGGUUAAAAAAUCAGCAUACUUUAGAAGAGGGAAGGUGGGGGAUUGGGUGAAUCACAUUAGUGAAGAAAUGGGCAGGAAAUUGGACGACAUCGUACAAGAGAAACUCAAAGGAUCUGGCCUUGUAUUUUGAUGUAUCCUUACACAUCCUUCGUUCCUCUCUGUAUCUCUCUUGCUGGAUGUUUGGUCAUCAGUUGUUAUGUUUGCAAGAAUAAACAGUCCUCUAGUUUGGAAUUUGUGUACAAGUUCAUAAAUAAAUUUGAAUACGAAAUCGCUACUAUUGUAAAA